CCGUUUCCCAAGCAAGACCAGGUUAUUGUCUAUGCAUCAUUCGCAUCCAACUACAUGCAGAGUACAAACUGUAGCUUGAGGGCAGAUGGGCCGUAACGGCAGCACUCCCACGAGGGAGCUACAGCCACACUCUGCACUAACAGCGGCCAGGAUCGGGAUGGGCCUAGAAGCUCUUGACGUAAUGGGGGCCAGGAGCUUGGUUUCAUGGGUUGGGCUUGUCGCAAAUCCGGUAUUGUGCUAGUGUGGCCUGCGACUAACUGGGCGGCGCAACAUGCGUCGCAUUGAAGAGCGGUGCGUGUUGCCUCGCCGUUGAUCACGCUUAAUGAGUGUCUGGUGUGUUGGCGCCCUCAGUUGGCAGUACAACAUCAAACGGUCAUAAACAGGCCCUCACUCCCACUUACUUGCGUCUUUGAUCUGUGCAUCCGACACCGUCUCCUGUCAACUUUUGUUCCGUGUUCCAAGUCUGUGUUGCCCCGGGCCUCUGACUGCCCUCCGACCCCUUGUUUCGCUCUCGAGGGCUGUCUUCUGAUACUCAUCAGACAUUCUCAUCUCCGGCCGGCCAGCCAAUUAUUCGGCCUUCACGUCUGACCGCCACGACUACCUACCACCCGGCGCAUCACUUUUGUUUAAAGAAAAAAGAGGCCCAGCCUCCGAGGGACAGGCUGUGGUUUCUCCCCUCUGUCAUUCUUCACCUUCCACAAUAAUUCCCACACUUCCGCUCAGCAUCACCGGCGCUCCUACGCAUCUUGCGCGAAUCUGAGAAUCGCCAAACAUGACUUCCAAAAUUGCUGGUGCGGUGCUCAGGCGGGCUGUCACACAAGCCCAGGGCGAGACUCUGAACAACUUCGCAAAGAACUUCGACUCUGAGGAUCCCUUCUACUAUGUCGAGUCACAUCCGACCCAAGGCGGAAUGUCUGAAAAGAAGAAGAAGGAGAAAAGAAAGUUCAAGAAUUACAAGAAGGGUUUGAUGGGAAAGGAGAUUUAUCGACCUCCGGGACUCUCGGGACCCGAGAAUGACCACGAUGUCGCCAUCCUAGCCAGUGUGCGGCGGCGUUCGUGGCACCUGGACAUGAGCCUCUUCCAUUGGUGUGGGUUCCGAUUUGGGUGGUCUGUCAUUAUUGGUCUUGUCCCAGUGCUCGGCGAUAUUAUCGACUGCCUUUUAGCUUACUGGAUCAUUCGCAAGGCAGACAAGAUCAACGGUGGGCUGCCAAGUAAGAUCAAGAACAGGAUGUAUCUCAACGUCGCCGCCGAUUUCGCCAUCGGGCUGGUGCCGCUGCUUGGAGACAUCGCCGACGCCCUUUAUAAGGCCAACUCGCGCAAUACCUGGUUGCUGGAAGAUUACCUCGUCAAGAAGGCCAAAGCAAAGAAAGCAGAGGAAGCAAAGGUCGGGCAGAAUCAGCAGUUUGCAGACCCAGACGACGACCUCGAGGCGGGGCUGGCCGCAUCACAGCCAAGGGCAUCUGCACCACAGCAGCCCAAGGCGACGAAAAAGAUCAAGGGGAAGCAGACACGGCGUUGAUAUAGGCAUGAAGGAAAGAAAGAUACAACACGGCAACGUAGUGGAGAUGGGAGCGACAUCGCAGCCGCAAACCAUGGGUGUGGGGACUUUACCAGAAGACGCGUCUUUGAGACGCGUCUCUGGUACGUAACACAUGACUUUGAGGUUGCGCAGUACCGGAGCGGACAGAGCCGGAUACUGUACGGAGGCACAGUACUUUUCCGGGACAAGAUCAGCCACGGCAUGGUUCAGCAAUUGGAGAUUGUUUCUUUUAGGCAGUAUUAGUCAUAACGCACUUUGCAGCACGUGUGAAUCCAUUCUCAGCAUCCAGCAGGCAAAGAGCAAUCACUGUGCAGUUGUGAUUCAAUCCUGAUUCAUGACAGGCAUAACUGAUGAGUAUUCUUGUCCAUGAGGGUUUGCGGCAGUGGGAAACAACCUAGCUUGAAGUGGUGCAAUGUGAUCAGGCAGACGAGGGCCCAAGGCGGGCAAGACCUUGCAAAGCGUGAUGAUCGGUGUUGUUGUGGAUGGUGAUGUCAGGGAAACGGAGCGGGAUCAAAGGAUCUGAUAAGCCCUUUGACCAUUCUGGCAGUCUGGCAGGGACUGGGCCCAUUUGUGUCCCCUCCGAAAACCCAAAGAGCAGGUGGAUGUGAACCCCCCUGGCUGGGGAGACCCAGUGCACAGCUGAGCCAAGGGAAUAGACAAGUACCAGCCAUCUGAUCACCGGGGCCAAUGCGACCAAAAGU